GUCCGUCAGCCUCCGCAAAGUCAAAUGUGAUGAAACUCCUGGGGCUUGUCAACGAUGCGUGUCGACCGGCCGGGUUUGCGAAGGCUAUGAUAUGCACCGGUUGCCGGUGGCCACGGGCAGCAAGACCAUCGGCGCUGUAACGCCGCGCCUCCCAGCGUCAAUCUCCAGCAACCUAUUCAGAGCAAUGACAUCGGACGAGCGAAGAUGCUUCUCCUACUUCCAGAACCGCGAGAUCCCCGCAAACCUCAUGUUCUUUGAUUCAUCCCUCUGGAAGCGGCUCGUGCUGCAGAUGGCCCAGGCGGAACCCGCCGUAUAUCAUGCCAUGGUCGCUUUGAGUGCCGUGCACAUGGAUACGGAGAUUAAGGAUGUCUUAGUGUUACAUCCCGAGGUAUCGCCGGACAGUGCCUUACAUCUCUUUGCCCUCGAGCAAUUGGGACGCUCUUACGUCGUGCUGCAGCAGCGCUGCAGCUCCCAGGACCCGCAGAUCCUCCAGGUCACGUUAGUGACCUGCUUGCUGUACACCCUGUUUGACAUGAUCCAGGGCCAGUACGAGACGGCGUUCACGCACAUGCAGAACGGCGUGCGGAUCCUCAAGGAUCUGGGUCCCUUCAAGCGCCAGCAGGACCCCUUCACGGCGAAUGACCUCCCGGUGGAGGGAUGCCUGGUCGCGGGCUUCGCCUUCCUCGACAUCGGCUUCAUCCACUUCGACUUCGACGGACCACCGCGCGUGCACCUCAACGAGGGGCAAGACUUCGAGCGGACCGCCCUCGCCCGGCAGGGGUACAUCAGCAGCCUGCAAGAAGGACGGCAGGCGUACAACAUCAUCGCCAGCGCGCUCUUCCACUUCCUCCCGCAAGCUUGGCACCUCUCGGACGCCGAGAUCGCCGCCCAGUACCACCGCCUCCAGCCGCAGCAGAUCAUCCUCCUCUCGCAGACCGGCCGCAUGCUACGGAUCUUCGAGGCCUACGCCGCGCGGUCGGCCGGCCGUCUGCCCGCGCCCGAGCAACAAAGCCUGGACAUCCUCCUCUACCACAUCCACGCCUUCCUCCUGGGCCUCAAGAUCUGCCUCGUGGGCAGCAACCACGCCGCCCGCGCCGCCUACACGGCGGACUUCGCCGCGUUGCUCGCCGAAACCGAAGCCCUCAUGGCCCGCGUCCCCGACCAGCCCAGCGUCACGCUCGACCUCGGCGUCCUCCCGCCCCUCCACCUCAUCUCCACCUUCUGCCCGGAUUACCGCCUGCGGCUGCAGGCCUUCCGCCUCCUGCAGACCUGGCCGCACCGCGAGGGCCCCUUCGAUUCCGACCUGACCGUCGGCCUGGCCAUGGAGCGCAUGCGCAAGGAGUUGACGCUCAUGCACGCCACCGACUACGCCCACUCGGGCUAUUACUACAGCAACAAUAGCAGCAGUAGCGGCAGCAGCGGCGGCGGCGGCAGCAACUACGAUGGUGAAUCCAGCGGUACGUCGACGCCGCCGCCCGGCGAGAAACCACUGACCCCCGCGGAGAUCGAGGAGCUUCUUGCUGCUCUCUCCGGGGAGGUGCACCGCUUCUUCGAUACGGUGGAUGCGCCAGCUGUCGCGGCGCGGUGGGCUUGCUUCCGGGUCUUCAUGGAGAGUGACCAGACGGCCAUGAACAAUAUCGGGUGUGCGGUCGCUGUCGAUCACCCCCUCCAGGCGGAGUUAGCGGGCUGAUUGUUUUGUAUGUAAAUUUGUGUGUGUGGGUUUACGAACACAUGAAAAUGGGUGAAUAAUACAAUUUUUUAUGGGGAAGCUAACCAGCCUGUCAUUGUAGGAACAAAAGUCCACUUUCCAGAUGCAGAAUGAGCGGAUUUCAGGCUGGAACCGGAUUAUCCUGACUUUAGAAACGAAUAUUGGAAGGCUCAAUACUUAGAAGGUAUGAUAUUCUCGUUGGGGGUUUACAUUAGUUAGCUCGGAUAAAGUAGUCUCAGAAAAAAAUUGCCGAGUCGCAGUCAAAAGUACUGAGGGGAAUUUGAUAAGGAAGACACUGUAGAAAAAGAAAAAGAGAAAAAAAAAAAAGUGAAUCCACAGUCAGACAGCCAUCCUGUAACAU